AUGAGUCAAUGGUAUACUUCUAUCAAUAUUUGGUGUACACUAAUUUCUUGUUUCGUCUGUGGAGGGCUUUUGAUUGGACUUUCCGUAAUGUCUUACCAUUAUACUGAAUUUGUUGAAGGGUCUUUAAUUUGGAUUCAAAUAACUUCAAUCAGUGGGUUUUCUUGUGGAGUCACUUACCUUAUAUUAGGCCUUGGAAGUGUUUUAUUAUUUAUUCUUGCAUUUAACAUCAUUGGACAAUGUUUGUCUUGUUUGUUUUGUUGCUGUUCUUGUGGGGGUUGUUUGUCAUUUUUUAUAUUAUCAAUAGUUAUAUUAUCCUGUGGUCUUAAUGAAAACUCUCUGGCUAAUUUAUCUCCAGAAGCAAUUGCAGCUAUAGAACAAGACUUUAAUUGUUGUGCUUACUCAAACAACUACACGUCUUGUCAAACAGCCUCUUAUGAUGAAGAUUCAUUUUCAUUGUCAUAUGAAGGAGAUUGUGAUGAUUCGUAUUUACAUUACGUCUUAAAGCAAUAUAAAACAAUUGGGUCAGUUAUGCUAAUUUCCUCUUUUUCAUGUCUUUUUUACGUAGCAACAAAUCUACAAGGAACGCUUAGAAUGAAUGAAGGAAAAAGAGACAACUAUUUACUAAUUCAUUAA